AUGAUGAUUGCGAAUCGUUCGAAGUUCCUCCUCCCCGGAAUCAUUGCGCUUGCGCUCUCCGUGCUGCUGUUGGCGGCAUUUACCAAAGGGCCAGCGUACUACAAUUACAAUGCCGUCGACCCAUGGAACCAUCUGAAGGGUGCGCCGCCAACAGAUUUAUCAGUCUCAACCAGCCCGAACUCCACCAACCCUCUGUCCCCAAUCCUCGUCGACCGACCGCAUAAAAAGCGGGUCAUCACUACGUCCGUCUUCACGUCCAGCUACGUCCCGCUCGCCAUGAUGCUGGGCUACUCGAUCAUGAAACACAACGAUCUGGCCGCCAUGGAAGCGGAAAUGGUCGCCAUGAUCCUCAAGGACGACGGCCAAGGGAAUGAAGGCGUGACGGAUAAUGACGUGGGAUACCUGAUGAAGGCGGGCUGGCAGCUCCGCGAGGUCGAGCCGCUGGACUUCGAGGGCACGACGGUCAACGAGUCGCUGAUCCUUCCGCACCAUCGGUUCAACCUGAACAAAUUGCAGAUCUUCCGGUGGACCGAGUAUGAGAAGUUGCUCUUCAUCGAUGCCGAUUGCGCCGUGCGAGGCGAUCUCAGCGAGCUGUUCCACAUGCCAGGGCCAUUUGCCGCCGCUCCGGAUGUCUGGUUUGACAUACUGGUUGACGACAAGUUCAACUCGGGAGUUAUGGUCCUCACCCCGAACCUCUCCAUCUUCCAGGACAUGCUCCAGAAGCUCCCGGCGAUUCACCAGCCGGAAGACGGUGACCAGGCCUUCCUCCAAGUGUAUUGGAAGUUCCGAUACUUCGGCUUGCCCUACCGGUACAACCUGAACCAGGUCAUGUUCGCACAUUUCCGCUCCGAGUGGGACAAGCUGUGGGACGAGGCCAUCAUCGUCCAUCUGACUACUCACAAACCCAACCCCGACCCGGCCAGAUGGUGCCUGCCCCCUGGCGAAGGGACAUACAACUGCGAGGAGUGGGGUCCGCUAGGAUGGUACCGGGAGUACUUCACGGAAAUGCUCCACGCUUUUGAUUUAGUCGGGGAGAUCGAUGUGCGGGGUUGA